AGUGCUUUGUACUGAUGUUGUUUUGAGUUACGAGUAAACAUUGUUAUGAGAAGCCGAGAAGGUGAAUGUUGAAAGAAAGUAUCUAAACCUGAUACUCGGAACAUCAAGCAUUGGAAAUGGAGACAACAUCGCAACUACAGAAAAGUUCCGUAUGUGGCGUGACUACCAUCAAGCAAGAGCCAGUGGAAACUGAUGCAGUCGACACUCCUGAAUUUGAAUUUGUAUUCAUUGAGGAAGAAAUUCUGGAAUGUUCACCUUCAGAAGAUCUUUAGGGAACUAAUACAUUGGAUGCUGAGGGAAAGAAGGAUGAAGAAGAUGAGGAGGCAGCAGUGAGCAAAUAUGACGCAAUGUUCUUACAGGCCCGGACGCAUUCAACUCCCUAAUGAAGCUACUGGAGUGGGAACAUGUGAAGUUCGCCGUGUGUUUGGCGGACGCGAGGCAACGAACGAACGGCAGCCAGUGUCAAGCUCCACCCACGUGGUUCGCGGCUAGCGAAGUCAUACUGUCCGAUCCUGUCUGGUCCUCAAAUUUGAAAUGGAGUCAAUAAGUUGUGGCAGUGAAUCUGAAAGUUUUCACCCUGAUGACAUGGAGGAUGGCAGCAGUAUUAAUAUCAGUGGCAGUUUAAUUGCCAGAGUUGGACUAACUGCAGGAACAGACCACAACGUACCAUGCACCUCCAACCGGGAAGCCUCCUGUGGUAAUAAAAGAGAUGAGAUGCUGCAUUCUUGCAGUGUGUGCCACAAAAUAUUCUCAAGGAGUGACAGCUUGAAGAGGCAUUCCCGUCUGCAUGAGCACCCAUACAGCUGUGACAUUUGCAGAAAAACAUUCAAGAACAGAAACAACUUGAAGAUCCAUUCCUGUCUACACAGUGCAGAACUCCCUUACAGUUGUUGUGUUUGCAACAUGACAUUUCACAACAGCAGCAACCUGAGAAGGCAUGUGUUGCUGCAUACAGGUGAAUGUCCACAUAGUUGUAGUGUGUGUCAUAAGGGCUUCACAAACAGUAGUGACCUGAAGAAUCAUUCACAUCUGCACACGGGUGUGCGUCCAUAUAGUUGUGGUGUGUGUCAGAAGGGAUUCAUGAACAGCGGCGACCUGGAGAAUCAUUCUCGUCUCCACACAGAUGAACAUCCAUACAGCUGUGACUUUUGCAGCAGGACUUUCAUAUAUGCUAACACGCUAAGGCAUUUGCUGCAGCACAUUGAUGAACACCCGUAUAGUUGUGAUAUUUGCAACAAGACAUUUACAGAAAGUGGCACCCUGAAGAGGCAUGUGCUGCUGCAUACAGGUGAACGUCCACAUAGUUGUAGUGUGUGUCAUAAAGGCUUAACAAACAGUAGUGACCUGAAGAAUCAUUCACAUCUGCACAUGGGUGAACGUCCAUAUAGUUGUGAUGUGUGUCAGAAGAGAUUUAAGACCAGCAGCAACCUGAGGGAUCAUUCAUAUAUGCACGCAAAUGAACGUCUGUACAUCUGUGAUGACUGUGGCAAGUCAUUUAGGAGUCAGAUCCACUUGAAGAAUCACUCACAAGUGCACAUUGGUGAACGUCCAUACAUCUGUUGUGUCUGUCACAAGACAUUUACAUGAAGUACCAGCCUCAAGCUCCACUCACGGAGGCACACAGAUGACAGCCCAUUCAGCUGCAGCGUCUGCCAUAAGAAAUUUACACGGAAUUCUACCCUGAUGCGGCACAUUUGUGUCCACACUGGAGAAUGCCCAUUUGGCUGUGAUGUGUGUCAGAAGAGGUUUAAGAGCAAACAUAGCCUUAAUAACCACAUGGAAUCCCAUGUAUAGUACACAUUUUAUUACUGUCUACAUUGUACAAGGUAAUCUGUGCAAGAGCGCGGACAAAAAGUGUCCAUAGAUGCUACAUGUAAGGGUAGUCAAAUGAAAACGACACAAACUACAGGAAACUCGGUCGGGAAAUAUAGGAACAAAUAUGCAAGACUUCAGUAACUACAAUCCUUGAAGCUCAUCUGAGCAAAACUGAGAAAGUGACCUGAAUGAAAGUACACUAUUCCUGAUUGUGCAAAAUCCCCUAGAAGGAGAUACGUGGCUAACAUGGGGACCAUCAGAAAUUUAAGUAACGGUUUUCGAUGGGUCUUGGAUAUGUUGUAGUAGAGGGACAUGCCCUGAGUAUGAGGCUAUCCGCUUUUUUAGUGACGAGCCUUGGUUUUCAAGAAAAUUGAUUCUGAAGUUCACUGCGCACUGUAAUACGCGUAACGUUAGACAUGUUCCAGCCAAGUGAGCAUGGCGCAGCAGUUAAGGUCUACAGCUACCACGCUGGAUAUACCGUGUUCAGGUCCUUUCCAUAUUUUUGCUUUUUUUAAAAUCAGAAUAGUCCAACAUUUUUCAAUUUCAUUUUACAGAAUAUCAAAAAACAGUGUAAAUUCUCUGAAAUGCUCUCUCUCUAGCCAGAAGUGUUGUAUGCUUAUUAGUUAUAAUUCCAGUCCUUAUUGAGGACUCCUUUGUUAGAAGUACACAUGGCCCUCUUUGUGUGUUUAUGGCUUACGGCUUUUGACUUGUUAUGCAUAGCUGCCUAUCAGCCAGGCUUCGGCCAGCCUGCUUUCAGGUCUGUGGCUCCUCUUACCAUGCCUCAAGACCUUACCAUUGUCUCUUUUGUUAUUACAGUUGCCCUGUCAUUGACAAUGCAUUUCAUACUUGGCUUUUCUCAUAGAUCUAACAUAGUACUAAAAGUCCAGGCUGGGGUGUGAGCUGCACAGAUGUCCCUCCUGGGCGGCUGUCUGAACCGAAAUGUCUUCUGGAUGAUGACGCUUCCACCUUUAUAUUGUGCAGUAGGCCACAUUGCCCCUUCCACAUUACUGCUUUCAGCCACUAUCCUGCGGAGUCUCUUGUGUGAACAUAUACAGUCACUGCCAAUGCACUGCUGCAUCCUGUGCCCUCUCCAUGUGAAGUCACGUGAUACCUCAUGAGUAGAGGCACCUGUUUGUGGCGAACAUUUUUGCCCGAUUUCGUCAUUUUUAAAAAGUUA